UUUUACUAUCAUAGGUGAUGAACUCAUUCUGUUGUGCAUUAAAAUAAAGCGCUCAGAGUUUGAAUAUUCCAUAAAAGUUUUAUUUUUUUCAAAAUGAAGCGCGAAAAAGUGUUUCUUCCUCAUCGUUCUGUAAGUAAAGAUUGGGAUGAAGUUGAAAUGGAAAGGUUUUGGAGACCAGUCUUUGAUAAGUAUGACCUAGACAAGGAUGGUUGUAUUCCGUUACGAGAUUUGAAGCAGGCAUUAAAAUCUGGAGACCUAAGACAUGAUUUUCCUGAUGAAGUAAUUGACGAAAUUCUUGAAUGGGCUGAUAUCAAUCAUGAUGGAAUGUUGAAUUAUGAAGAGUUUUUACGAAUGGUUCAUGCUAGGGAAUUGGGAGAAGCAAGACCAAAGUUUCAAAGGAUUGUACGUUUUGCGGCAUUAGCAGUUGUUCCUAAAUCACAGCAUGCCAUAACCAUUCGUCGUUAUAUAGAAGAAUAUAAUUGCAUGCCACCACCAAUAUUUCUUUUACUCAUCAGUUUAAUUGAAAUUGGAAUUUUUAUUUAUUACUGUGUGAAGCAUCAAGAAUUGAGUGCAUCUGGGCCUGUUCCCAUUGAAAGUGUUCUUAUAUAUAACCCUAAAAGAAGAUAUGAAGCAUGGCGUUACCUUACUUACAUGUUCAUACAUGCUGGUGGGGUUCACAUAUUUUUCAAUCUGCUUAUUCAACUUCUUUUGGGAGUUCCCCUAGAGAUGGUGCAUAAGGGAUGGCGUGUCAUGUUAGUGUACCUUGGUGGUGUUCUUGCUGGUUCCUUGGGAAGCUCCAUAUCUGAUCCUGCCACAUACUUAGCUGGGGCUUCUGGUGGUGUUUAUGCUCUAAUUGCUGCACAUUUGGCUAAUGUGAUAAUUAAUUUUGGUGAAAUGACUUUCGGUUGGGCCCGCCUCAUUGCACUUUUUAUUUUUGGUGGAACUGAUAUUGGAGUAGCUUUUUAUGCAAGAUAUGUGGAAAAGGAAGAAAAUCGUACGAGUUAUGCAGCACACUUUGCAGGAUCAUUAGCUGGACUGAUGAUUGGUAUGGUGUGCUUACGUAACUUAAAAGUACAUAAAUGGGAAAAAGUUCUUGGCUGGGUCUUAUUUUCGCUAUAUCUUGCUUUGAUGUUGUCCGCUGUUUUGUUUAAUAUAUUCUCUCCCACAUUCCCAACUCAAGUAUUCGACUGAAGGCUGAGACGUUUCCAUACUUAUGUUGUCUGUUUUACGUUCAUGUUUGUAUAUUGUUAUUCAAAGUAAUUUAUUAUAAAUAUAAUGUUUUAUACAUUUUUGUGUUAUGAGUGCAAAACAGUAUUAUCUAGAAAAUUCAGCAAAGUUGUAUUUGUAAAUUGAAUUAGUUAUAUAAUUUAUAAGCUAUAUUGAAAUAUUUCUUAUAUUUCACUUGAUGUUUUUGCUCAAUUUAUGAAAGGAUAUAUAUUUGGAGGUACAUUUAUGGAUCAGUCAGCCAUGCAUUAUGAAAAAAAAGUGAAUAUAUAAAUUGUCCGGUGAAUUUUUUUACUGUUUUCGACAUUGUUCAGAGAUUUGAUUUUCUUUGUUGCAUCUUGUUGUAGUAAAAUAUGUUUGUAUUGAGCUUUAAAUUGUACUUCACAUAAAUGUUUUGCUAAAACUGUAUUUAUUUUAAAUUUCAUUGCAUGUUUGCAUGUGCAUCUACACAUAUAUCUAGAUUUCUUUCAAAAGUUUUUGUUUUUAAUCACUUUUGAUGUUCUUUUUACUUUUUAAAGAGAUUUUUCAAUUUUGUUUUACAGCAGAAUUGUAUAAUCCAUUGCAGCAAAAUUUCUUCUAGUGUCAUAAUCAUCACUAAAUGUAGCUUUGUAGACUGUUUUGCUUGCUUUAAA